UCGUCGAUCGCCCGGCGCAAAUAUUUUCUUUCUCGAGCAGUAGAAGAGAAAGCGAUCGAUUCUAGGUGCUCGAUCGCCGCGGCCCUAAUCUCCAGGAAAUGCGAAGAUCGAUCCAAUGCUGGGGCUGUCAGGGAUCCGGGAGAAGCUCAUCGAGGCCACCAGUGGAUUCGCUGCUGCGUCGACAUCGGCCGAGGAAGGAGGAAGAGGAGCGCCAUCUCCAAAUUUCCGCAGGAAGGGCUCGCUCGUGGCUUCCCCUAGGUAUUUCAAUCGCCGAGUCCCUGUGGAUACCUCGCAGAAUCGUGAUUUUUCCAAGAACGGUAGCCAUGAGCUGCGGCGGAGGUUCCUCUUCCGCCUUGCCAUAGCUCUCCACACUUACGGCAGCUCGGCGUCGAGGACUGAGCAUUUGAUCGAGCGCGCGGCGGAGAGGCUUCACGUAGAUACCAACAUUGCUGUGUUUCCAACGCUCAUCCUUCUGUCCUUCAACGAUAUCGACGACGAUCUCUCGUCUGAGAUUCAUCUCAUAACUGUUGAGAGUGAACUCGAUGUUGGAAAGCUCGCUCGGGCUGACGAGCUCGCCAUUAGCGUGGGAAAGCGAGAUACUCCACUCGUCCUGUCCUACUGGAGACUAAAAGCAAUCGCUACCGCGCCCCAGGAAUUUGGAACUUGGUGGCGGCUCUUUAGUUACGCUUUGUCUGCUUCAAUGGCUUCGCUUCUCUUCUUCAAUGGAAACCUCUGUGACGCUCUCUUCAGCUUUGUUCUCGGACUCUUGGUCGGCGUGCUUGACAUUGUUGCAUCACGCUGGCCACUCUUCGCCAGUGUCAUGGAAUUCAUUGUGGCAGUGCUGGUCUCGUUCCUGGCCAGAGUAUUUUCAAUCUACCUCAAGAAGCUGAAGAUAUGUGUUUCUUCACUGGCACUCUCGGCUCUGGUGGAAUUGCUUCCAGGGAUGCCUCUCACUCUUGGUGUGAGCGAGAUGGUUGCCAAGUCUCACGUCACCGGCACCUCACGCGUAAUUCAUGGCCUCUUCUCGGCCUUGCAGCUUGGAUUUGGAUUGGCAAUCGGGGACAGCUUCUUGUGGUGGUCAAAGGCUCACGACAAGGCUCAUUGUACUCCUCCAUCAAUCUCGAAGUGGUGGAACACGUUAUGGCUAGUCGGAUAUAUCGUCGCUUCCAAUAUCCUGCUGAAUGCUCGGUUGAGCCAAUGGCCAGGGAUGGGACUAGCUGCGACCGUCGGCUAUGUCGUUGCAUAUGCCACAGACAAGCUAGGAACAAGUGCAUCGACAGUACUUGCCGCGUUCUCAGUGGGGAUCACUGGUAAUUCUUGUCUUAAGUUUCAAGUUCCAGACGAUAGCUCGUUUUCCACAGGAACUUUGUACUCUCACCUGACGGGAGAAUUGCCUCUCGCAUUGGUGCUGUCCGGUAUUCUACUCUUGGUUCCUGGAGGCCUUGGAGUGGAAGGCAUUGCGGCCAUGUUUGGAAGGGACGUAGCUUCAGGCAUGGCAUUUGUGUUUGAUAUGCUCGUUGUUGCUCUGUCGAUAACCAUCGGUCUCCUGAUUGCCAAAAUCGUGCAACCGGGCUUCGGAGCUAGCAAGUUCAUGGCUCAUAACAAGAGCACACUUGCAGCCCACCUGGAAGACGAUGCCUCGGACGUAGAAAGGGAAGAACAGGAAAACAUGGCCAUAUGAAAGCCUUAGCCGCGAGAAAGAGUCUGAA